AUGGAUGGUGGUCUGAGUGGAAGCGCAGCUGGAGUCCAGACCAGCCUCACCCUCCGGCUGACCAUACAAGGCCUGAGCCUAUGGAGCUACAACUCCCAGGAGAGGGAGUUUGCGAGGCGCCUCCAGGAGGGGAGCGGAGUGCAGGUCAGUAUGCCGGCAAAUAACUGGCCCGAGCGCAACCUCACGCUGAGUGGCAGUAGCGACGUGAUCUUCAGGGCCUUGGUCAUGAUCAUCGACAUGAUCCAAGAUAAUAUCGGCAGCACACUGUCCCUCACCGAGGGCCCGCAGCCGUUCGUCACCCUGCGGCUGAGGGUGCCGGCCUCGCAGUGUAUCAUGCUGCUCCAGGAGGGCGACUCCAGAGUCAGGGAUAUCUGCGCUCACACAGGGGCCCAGGUGCGUGUGUGCUGCGGCUUGCCGCCCGGCGACAACGAGCUGUCCAUGACGGGCAGGCCACACUGCGUAAGCGAGUGCAUGAAGUUGAUCUGCCAGGUCCUACUGGGGAUGCUCGCUGGGAUCCAGCAGGAGCGAGGCUGGGUCCUUGCCUACCAGCCCUCGCCCCGCCCAGCUCUCCAGAAUGAUGGUCACGACCAGGCUGCCGAAGGCUCUACCUCUGCUGGAGGCCACUUCUAUACCACGGGCCACUCCUGCGCUGCCGCCGCUGCUGGCACCCCCAACACUGGGAGCGACUCCCAGGUCACAGGCUACCCGCAGCCCCUGCCCCACCCGCUGGAGCCGCCACCCCCACAGCCAGGUUCCAGCCACGGGCUGUCCGCCAUGUUUCCAUUCUACGGGCCUGAGGAGCAGCCAGCCAGAUCCUGCAGCGGGGGUGCCAGCAAAGCACCUGAGGAGAUCACCCACGAGCUCAUGAUUCCCAACAGCUUAAUUGGCUGCGUCAUCGGCUUCCAUGGAGCCAACAUCAGCGAGAUCCGCCGCAUUUCUGGUGCCCAGAUCAAGAUCUUCCCGAAGGAGGAAGGCAGUUCUCUGAGACUGGUUAGGAUGACUGGUACACUGUCCAGUAUCAUCCUUGCCCACUCUAUGGUCAUUUAUAGCCUGAACAACAAGAGGCAUUAG